AUGCUUAGAGAGGGAAUAAUUGUAGGCUCAGAUACACCUAUUCUCGAAUCUAUGGACGACAAUGAAGUACAAAUAGGUGAGGUGCAGUCACUUUUGUUAUCGGACGACAAUAAUAAUAAUAACACUGUAGGUUCUAUCAACGAAUAUUAUAACACUAGUGGUAACAGUUACCAAUGGGUACAACACCAAAACAGUCACAAUCAAAUCAUAGAUCCAAAUCUUUUAGGUUAUGGUGGUCUCAAUAGCGACAACAACAACUACAACAACAACAACAACAAUAAUAAUAAUGGCAAUAAUAGUCCGGUAAUAGUAUCAAAUACCUCUAAAUCCACUGCUCGAUCGCAGUGGCUAUUGUUUUUUACAACCUCGCUGGCAGUGCUAUCGACACUGGAAUUUGGUUAUAAUACAGGUGUAAUAUCACCGACGAUGCCAACGAUGCAAUCGAUCUUCAAAUUUACAACAUCGGAAAAGAGUGCAUUGGUAUCGAUUAUUUUGGUUGGUGCCAUGGUAGGAUCGAUAGGAAGUGGUAUCUUUGUCGACAGAAUCGGAAGAAAGAACACACUGCUUCUCAACAAUCUUUUAUAUAUCUCUGGUCCAUUGCUGACUGCGUUCUCCACCAAUUUUAGUAUGCUCAUGGUUGGACGUAUCAUCACCGGUAUCUCUGUUGGUAUAGCCAGUACUGUAGUGCCAACCUAUAUCUCUGAGAUCGCACCACAACACAUGAGAGGUUCACUUGGUCUGCUACGUCAAAGUACAAUCACAUUAGGUAUCAUGGUUUCAUCGUUGGUUGCAUACGGAUUGAUUCAUCAAGAUAAUGGAUGGCGUUAUACCUUUGGAAUUUCAACAAUACCCUCGAUAUUGCAAAUGGCAUUCUUUUUCUGGUUCUUGGAAACACCGAGAUGGUUGGUUUCCAAAAAUAGAGUCAACGAUGCAUUCCUUACAAUGAAGCGAUUGGAUAGCUCACUUUCUACAGAGGCCGUAAACGCACAGAUCCAAAAGAUCAAGAAUAAUGUAUAUGAACAACAAGGUAGUGAAGGUUGGACUCAACUACUGAAAAAUACUACGAUUUUGGAGGGUGCAGGAUUCGAUAAGGAUACAUCGGUAUUGAUUUCAGCGUUGGUUGGUAUUCCUCAGAUGAUUAUGUUGCUAAUCAGUGUUUGGUUGAUCGAUAGAUUUGGACGUCGUCCACUUUUGUUGUUUGGUCUGAUCGGUCAGAUCGUUGGACUCGGUGUUCUUGGUGGUGCCUUCUGGGGCUAUGGAGAUCAUCCACUUCACUCGACAUCACGUGGUUGGCUUGCUGUUGCGGGUAUGGUCUUUUUCAAGCUGAUGUUCUCUGUUGGACUAGGACCAAUCCCACUUAUUAUCGCUUCCGAGAUUUACCCAUCGAAAAUUCGUGGUAAAGCCGUUUCCAUUGCAUCAAUGUUGAACUGGCUUGCCAAUUUCAUUGUAAAUAUAUCAUUCCUCCAUCUUCUCAAUGCAAUUGGACAGACAUUUACCUAUUGGAUGUUUGGAGGUGUGUCAUUCCUCUGUUUCGUUUUUGUAUUUUUCUUUGUACCCGAGACAAAAGGUGUAUCCAUUGAAGAGCUUUCAAAACGAUUGGUCAAGGAAUAA